AUCCCUCUCCUUGAAGCCACAAUCUCCCACUUACAAUCUUACACCCUCUUCUUCCUUCUCUUGUUGUCCCUUAGUUUCCUUGUGUAGCCAUGUCUGCAGGUCUUAGCCUGCUUCGUUUCCUUACGUUGGUAUCCAUAAUUGUUUUUCUCUCUUUCUUGAGGUGUGAUGCCUACGAAGGAGGAGGUUGGACGAAUGGCCAUGCCACAUUUUAUGGUGGAGGUGACGCAUCUGGCACCAUGGGGGGGGCUUGUGGGUAUGGAAACUUGUACAGCCAAGGCUAUGGGACCCUGACUGCGGCCCUAAGCACGGCCUUGUUCAACGACGGCCUGAGCUGCGGGUCGUGCUACGAGAUGUGGUGUACCAACGACCCGAGAUGGUGCCUUCCGGGUUCCAUCACCGUCACGGCUACGAACUUCUGCCCGCCAAACUUUGGGUUGUCUAAUGAUAACGGGGGAUGGUGCAAUCCUCCUCUUCAACAUUUUGACUUGGCCGAGCCUGCCUUCCUGCAAAUUGCGCAGUAUAGGGCGGGGAUCGUUCCUGUAUCAUUCAGAAGGGUUCCAUGCGUAAAGAAAGGUGGGGUGCGUUUCACCAUCAAUGGACACUCGUACUUCAACUUGGUACUCAUCACCAACGUUGGAGGUGCAGGGGAUAUCCAUGCAGUGUCCAUCAAGGGUUCGAGGACUGGCUGGCAGGCCAUGUCCAGAAAUUGGGGCCAAAACUGGCAGAGCAACUCCUACCUCAAUGGGCAAGCCCUCUCCUUCCAAGUGACCACCAGUGAUGGCCGAACGUUCACAAGCUACAACGUCGCACCAUCCAAUUGGCAGUUCGGACAAACAUUUGAAGGGAGCCAAUUCUAAUAUGAGCGAUCAGUGGGUCAUUACCUUAUGUUGCAAUUAGAGAAGUAAAACAAAAAGAAAGAGAAAAAAAAGGAUAAGUGCAUUAACUUUAGCUGCAUUGAGAUGCCAUUGCAGUUCAGAGUAUGCGAAGCAUGCAAUCUUACGAGACAUGCUUCUUGGCUUACUCUAGAAAUGAAUAGAAAGAGUUAAGGGUACAGCGGCAUCCUAAUCAGAGGCUGCCAUGACAUGGUUUUCUUAAAUUAUAUAGAAUUAUGAUACAUUCGUGCCAUGUAAGAGAUGAGUGUUCACAAUAGUAUAUUAAUUCCCUAUUUUGCUUGCGGUUUGAA